GGAAGAGUUCAUUUUUCCCGGGGGGGGGGACAAAAAAAGAAAGAAAAUGGAUGUAGCAGCCACAUUGUUUUAAGGAUGUGGCUCCUGGCCGCUGACCUUAUUGAGGGGCGAUGGAUCUGGCGUACGUCUGCGAAUGGGAGAAGCGCCCCAAGAGCAACCACUGCCCAUCCAUCCCACUGGUCUGCGCCUGGUCCUGUCGCAACCUGAUCGCUUUCACUACGGACCUCAAAAAUGAGGAGGAAAAAGACCUCACCCACAUGAUCCACAUCCUCGACACGGAACAUCCGUGGGACGUGUAUUCCAUCAACUCUGGACAUGUCGAAAUAGUCACCUGCUUGGAGUGGGAUCAGUCAGGUUCCCGGCUUCUCUCGGCUGACGCGGACGGGCACAUCAAGUGCUGGACCAUGAUGGACCACCUGGCUAACAGCUGGGAGAGCGCAGUGAGCAGCGUGGUGGAGGGGGACCCCGUCGUGGCCCUCUCCUGGCUGCACAACGGGGUGAAGCUGGCGCUGCACGUGGAAAAGUCCGGAGCCUCCAACUUUGGCGAGAAGUUCUCUCGGGUCAAGUUCUCCCCGUCCCUGACGCUCUUUGGUGGGAAGCCCAUGGAGGGCUGGAUUGCCGUCACCAUCAGCGGCCUGGUGACCGUCUCUCUGCUGAAGCCCAACGGGCAGGUGCUGACCUCCACCGAGAGCCUCUGCCGCCUGCGAUGCCGGGUGGCCCUGGCGGACAUCGCCUUCACGGGCGGGGGCAACAUCGUGGUGGCCACCUCGGACGGCAGCAGCGCCUCGCCCGUCCAGUUCUACAAGGUCUGCGUCAGCGUGGUGAACGAGAAGUGCAAGAUCGACACAGAGAUCCUCCCCUCCCUCUUCAUGCGCUGCACCACGGAUCUGGCCCGGAAAGACAAGUACCCGGCCAUCACCCACUUGAAGUUCCUCGCUCGGGACAUGUCGGAGCAGAUGCUGCUGUGCGCCUCCAAUCAGAACAACAGCAUUGUGGAGUGCUGGUCCCUGCGGAAAGAGGGGCUGCCGGUCAACAACAUCUUCCAGCAGAUAUCUCCUACAGUCGGGGACAAGCCGCCGAUGAUCUUGAAGUGGCGCAUCCUUUCUGCCACCAACGACCUGGACCGGGUUUCGGCCGUGGCCCUGCCCAAGCUGCCCAUCUCCUUGACCAGCACGGACCUGAAAGUGGCAAAUGACACCAAGUUCUACCCGGGGCUAGGCCUCGCUCUCGCCUUCCAUGACGGUAGUGUCCACAUCAUCCACCGGCUCUCGCUGCAGACCAUGGCUGUCUUCUACGGCUUGACCUCCCAGCGCCCAGUGGAUGAGCAGGCUAUCAAGAGGCAGCGGGCAGCCGGUCCCCUGGUCCACUUCAAAGCCAUGCAGAUGUCCUGGACCUCGCUGGCCUUAGUUGGGGUUGACAGCCAUGGAAAGCUGAGCAUGCUCCGGAUCUCCCCUUCCAUGGGCCACAUCUUGGACGUGAACAUCUCCCUCCGGCACUUGCUCUUCCUCCUGGAGUACUGCAUGGUGACGGGUUACGACUGGUGGGACAUCCUGCUUCACGUACAGCCCGGCAUGGUGCAGAACCUGGUGGAGAAACUGCACGAGGAAUACAUGCGCCAGAACGCAGCCCUGCAGCAGGUUCUCUCCACGCGCAUCAUCGCCAUGAAAGCUUCACUUUGCAAGCUCUCCUCUGGCACGGUGGCACGGGUGUGCGAUUACCAUGCCAAGCUGUUCCUGAUCGCCAUCAGCUGCACCCUGAAAUCGCUCCUCCGCCCCCCUGUCCUGAACACGCCAGACAAGAGUCCCGGAGACCGGCUCACCGAGAUCUGCUCCAAGAUCACUGAUAUAGACAUUGACAAAGUGAUGAUUAACUUGAAGACAGAAGAGUUUGUCCUGGAGAUGACCACCUUGCAGUCACUCCAGCAGCUGAUCCAGUGGGUUGGUGACUUCGUGCUCUACCUGCUUGCCAGUCUCCCCAAUCAGGGUUCUGGCCCUGUUCGCCCAGGUCACAGCUUCCUGCGCGAAGGCUCCUCGCUGGGCAUGCUUCGUGAGCUGAUGGUCGUGAUCCGCAUAUGGGGCCUCUUGAAGCCGAGCUGCCUGCCCAUUUACACGGCUACUUCCGAUACCCAGGACAGCAUGUCCUUGCUCUUCCGCCUUCUCACCAAACUCUGGCUGUGCUGUCGUGACGAGGGGCACCUGAGUGAGCCGGACGACACCUUGAUUGACGAGUGUUGCCUCCUGCCCAGCCAGCUGCUCAUCCCGAGCCUCGACUGGCUUCCUGUCAACGAUGCCAUCAUCAGCAAGCUCCAGAACAAGCAGCCUGUCCGGCUGCAGUUUGGCAAGGCCCCUGGGCUCGUCGCACACUCCGCUUCUCUGCAGUUCGAUGCCUUGGUCAGGGCCCCUGGGCAGCCGAAGAUUGACCACCUGCGGCGGCUGCACCUUGGGGCGUACCCCACUGAGGAAUGCAAGUCCUGCACCAGGUGUGGCUGUAUCACGAUGCUCCGGUCCCCCAACAAGACCACGGCGGUGAAGCAGUGGGAACAACGGUGGAUCAAGAACUGCCUCUGUGGCGGGCUCUGGCGGAGAAUGCCGCUCAGCUACUCGUGACUGAAGUGCCCGGGAGCCUUUAAACCCGUGGCCGGCUGGGCCUUCUGUAGCGUUCGCAAGGGACCUCCCCACUCAGACGCCUGGAUGUGCGCGGUGUGGCUUAUUCCCCAAAACACGGCUAGGCGAACACGAAUGGAUUUAAGUGAAAAGCCACCAAAAAGGGAUGGUGGUGUGGGCAAUUCGAGGUAGUUUUCGACACCACCUGCAGGGGGCAGGCUUCUUUAGG